AUGAACAAGACCUUGAAUGAGCAAGCCAAGAGCAUGAGUCAUGUUGGAUUGCCUAAGAUGUUUUGGGCAAAUGUAGUGAGCAUAGCAGCUCAUUUGAUAAAUAGAGGACCAUCUGUUCCUCUUGACCAUCAGUUCCUAAAAGAGUGUUGGACCAGAAAAAAGGUAAAUCUAUCCUAUUUGAGAAUUUUUGGAUGGCUUUCAUAUGUUCAUGUUGAUUAUGAAACAUAA